AUGGAGUGGGUUUCCUGUCUAAGACUAUAUGUCAGAAUUACCAAAUGUGUCACAUCCAAUAGCCGAUGAUUAAUAAAUCAAUGUGCUCUAAUAGUGUUGUUAAACAAAACAAACUUUUGAUCAGAAGAUGAGCUUCUGGUAAAAUAUACAACAUUGUGAUUACACCAUAUUGUAGCAACAUUCACUUUUGCAUGCAUUUCAAAACAAUUUUUAUUUAAGAUUAUAUUCUGUGAAAAACGUGACAAUAUAAAGAGGGCUACGUGACAGCUAUUUUUGGAAAGUACAGUUUGACUGGCAAACGCUAAAACAAAAAUAAAUCAAUUGAGUUAUGCACCAUUAAAGUGACAUGCCUUAGUUUUUAAACAUUGCAGCAUAGGUUUCAUUGUUAGAGCCGUUUUUGAUCAUUGAAAUCUGACAUUACUUAGAUUUUAUUAUUUAGCUGAUCCAUGGUGAUCCUGGUGGUGUAUUGUGUAUCUGUGUUCAGACCCAUAUGAAAGAUAUCUGGAAUGGGGACACAAUCUCUAGUGCAGGGGUACAUUGUCUAGUGUCGGGAGUCACAAGCCAUAUUUUUAUCUUUAUCUGUAUAGAGCAGGGACCUAAUUCACAACGGUCUCUUAGACUGCGAGAUCGCAAAGUUGCGAGAGUUUAGUGAAUUAGGCAUCAGGACUAGAGGGAGCACAGGCCCAUCGCCGGUUCCUACAGGCAUGUGUCUGUGUGUGUGUGAGAGAGAGAGAGAGAGAGAGAGAGACAGACAGACAGACAGACAGACAGACAGACUUAAAAAAUAAAUAUUUGUUUCAUCUAGAAGUGUAUUGCUUUUCAGCAAAAGGACAAUAUACGUUAUAUACAAUAACAUUAGUUUUUAUUUCCAUUAUACGUGUUGGAGAAAGCCAGUAAAAGAUGCCCCUAAAGUGUUUUGAUGCUUAGCAACGAUACUGUGAUCGGAUUGACUUGAAAAUAGUAAUAACUGUUCUCAUCCACUUGUCAGAUUGCUUUUACACGCAAUGUUAUCAAUAAAGCUGUAAAUAAUUAAAUUGUCCAGGGAUUUGACAUGCAUUUGUACCUGAAGUGAUAUAUCCGGCCAAGUGACUGUCAUAUUCACAGUAAAGAUUUGACUGCUGUCGGAUGGAAAAAAUAAAUUACCGUUAGAGGCAAGGCUUUUGUGUUCUUUUCACCAGGUUUUUAUGCAUGUCGCGUUUUGAUUAUUUCUCAUAGCCCAGUUCAUUGUUUAACAUCCUGAUUGUUGUGGUAGUGUUUUGUAGUGAAAGAAAGACAUGGAUACUAGCAUAGAAAUAGACGUGGAACUUGGAACCCCAGCAUGUAGCCCAAAACGCAUGGAGGGCAUCCUGAAGCCGUUAUUGCUGUCGAUGAAACUGUUUGGUGUGUACCACGACGUGUAUGAUGUUAGCAGCGUCAGUCCAUCAAUCGAGACGACAUGGCGAUCAAAUCGGAAGCGAAAGACACUCAACACCGUUCUUUCUCGAUGUUACAGUUUAGCCGUCUUGAUUCUGGUAUGGGCAAACUUGAUCCGGUUCAUAAUAACGUUUCAACUAAACGAUGCUAGGCUAGCGUUCAGAAUUGCUUUGUUGGUGUGGACUGGAUUCGUGGCUGUUGGCUGUCUCGUCAUGUUUGUCGUCUGCGAGAUGAUGACACACCUUCGAGCCUUCUACAAACACUGGAGCGAACUGUACCAAGAUGCUGGGUGUGUUACGGCGGAGUGCGUAGGAACUCGACUGAAUCGGACAGCUCUUAUUGGCACCGUAGCUGGUUGGAUAUUCCUCUGCAUGAUCAUGGUUUCUAUUUUAUUUCUCGAUUUUGCAGCAGACAUUGAAUUUGUUCAACUUAUCAUACGACCUUUUCACAUUUCGACUAUUGUUCAUAUCUUGGUACUGUUCUUAAUGUUUCAUACAUGUGGUGUCUAUACAUUCCUAGUUCUAUUCGUUAUAGUACUCUGCUAUUUAGUGAAGUCCAGUUUUGAUAAGCUGUCUAGUGUUCUAGAGAAGAAUAUCAAAAACUCAGAGAUUGGCAUACCCUCGACUCUUGACCAACUACGUCGAAUUCAUCUCCAGCUAUGUAGAGCGGUGUCUAUCCUUGAUCGCUCUGUUCGACUCCUGGUGGCGACCGAGUACAUCAUUAACAUCCCACUGGCGUGUUUCAUCGUCUACCAACUGGUCACCGCCAACGAGGACACCAUCAUGGUCGUCGUUGACCUGUUCUGGAUGACCACUAACAUUAUGGUCAUAGUGUCCGUGACGCUCAGUUGUGCACGGGUCCAUGAGGCGGUAGGUAUCACAAUUAUUUCUAAUCUAAUCGACUGGUAAAUAAAUUACUGUUAAAUCCAUACGGUAAGCGUCGCCAAUAUCAAGUGUAGCCACGUUCGGUUGGUUAUUAGUACGUUGUUUAUACACUGACGUCCAAAGAAAACUUUACAAGGCUUGAAAUUGUAUUAUAUAUAUUAAAAAAUGGUAUUGUGGGAUAUGAAAGUACCAUCUCGCGAUGUUCAACAUCACAAUACAGUUCAUGAUACAUGCAAGUGUUGUGGUUUCUAAAUUGGUUCUUUUCGAUUAGCAAAAUUAAUAUAUUCAUUAAAUUAUUAAAAUUUUAUGUAUG